UCCUCCUCACAUCACUUCCCCCGGACUCCGUUUCCUCCUAUACUCGCUCCGGUGUCAGGCUCGUCUCUCCCGGUAACAUGCAGCUAUCAGAAGGUCGGAGGUCGGUGCUGCUCCUGUCCGGCAUUGUGGUUCUGUGUGUCGGGGCGGCGGUGUGUGCUGAGGCCGGACUGGGCCGGGGGUUUGGAGAUCACAUUCACUGGAGAACACUAGAAGAUGGGAAGCAGGAGGCUGCCAGCAGUGGCCUGCCGUUAAUGCUUCUGAUACAUAAGACAUGGUGUGGAGCCUGCAAAGCUCUGAAGCCAAAGUUUGCAGAGUCCAAGGAGAUAUCUGAACUAUGUCACAACUUUGUGAUGGUGAAUGUAGAGGAUGAGGAGGAACCAAAAGAUGAUGCAUAUAGCCCUGAUGGUGGAUACAUCCCAAGAAUUGUCUUCCUGGAUCCCAGUGGGCAUGUUCAUCCAGAGAUCAUAAACUCAAAAGGGAACCCAAGUUACAAGUACUUUUACAGCAGUCCAGAACAAGUGGUUGAAGCAAUGAAGGAAGCUCAGGAAAAACUCACAGGAAAAUUUACCAAGAAACAUGUUGAAGAUGAGUUAUAACCUCUGCAUUUCAUACAUGGAACUGUUCCCCUGAUUACCCCAAACUUUUAUGUCACAGGGGUUGUAACCUUUAUUCAUAUUAUUGGACCUGCAGUACUGGUGCCGCCUUCUGUCCAAUCACUGAGAAGGGAUUGGGACACCUGUUGUGGACAGCCACUUGACCCGCUCACCAGUGUUACUUUGCUCAGUAUUUGCAGAACACUGUCAAAAUGUACUUUUUACAAGUACUGUACAUUUAUUUUUGGUGCAGAUAAAAUUAGGUGGGGGGUGAAUUUUUAACAGUAAUUCAAAGAGCAGUGGCAUGCGCCAAAAAUCACCAAUUAGAAAUCUUUUUAAAAGCAGUAAUGAAGGGCAAGUUUAAAUACGAUUUCUGAUUAUUAGUAGUUACUGCGCACAUUUUCUUUGCACUGUUUACCAGAAAGCCUAAAAAAUGUUUUUUGUUCCACCACCUCUAUACUGUUGAGACAUUUUUGUAUUUCUUUAGUAGCAUUUGACUUAUCGGCUCACUGGCUAUUGACUAGCUGAUACAAAGUGGCAUGAGGCACAAAGCUUUUGUUGAGGUUUAAUGGUUGGUUCAUGCAGAACUGGUGUUUCUGUUUUGGGUGGUGACUGGUUAUGUCAUACCCUGCAAACUUUUUGCAUAAGAGAAAUAUGUUAAAAUGCAGAUUGCAUGACUUUAGUACUUCUCAAUCAGACCUAAUCAUUUAGCUUAUUUCAGGUCAUUGGCUCAUAUUAAUAAUGACAAAAGCAUUCUCGUGACAGUCAGGGAAGUAGAGUUUUCAGGGGAAGUCUCCAAUGGCAACCUACAUAUGUCCUAGCUAUGAGUUUCCUUUUGAAGCGAACACUUUCAGCGUUUUCCGAAACCAUUUCUUCCUAUCCCCUUUAGGUGGCACCAUUUAUGCUUCCUUUUUCUUUUUGCAAUGCUGGGAACUAAUGCAGGUGCUGGCAGCUUAAAAAUGAAAAGACGUAUUGGGUGCAGCAUACAAAAAGAAAUAGUUGAUACUUUUUUUUUUUCUUCCGUUUUUUUUGAUUUGGUUUAUUCAGAAAAAAACGCAACUCUUCAUAUGAUCUGUCAUAAGUUACACAUUGUGGCUGCUCCAUUCUCUUUCUGGAUCUGGCAGUGGUUGGAAAUGACUGUUUGGUCCAAAAGUUAUUCGAGCAAUAAUUCUCACUUGCAUAUUGAAAAUUUUUAUGUAUAGACACAAAUUUCUUACUGCAAUAUUCAAUCCUAAAUCAACCACUUGCUGCCAUUUAAGGUGAGCAAACAGCGCUGUGCUGUUAAGAUUAAUUUUCUUGUUUCAAGUGUAAACUUUGAAUGCCUUCAUAUUGAUUCCAAUAAGUAUUUUUUACCUUAUAAAAUGCUCUAUUUUUCUUGUACUAUAUAAAAAAAAUUGCCAAGGAUUACAAAAAACUAAGAAUAUUGUCCAUAAAAUAGAAAGCAUUACCUCCCUAAGCAAGACUUUAGAAAUAGACUUUCAUUGUUUGGACUGCUGUAAAGUAAUGGAAGUUGAUAUCUCAAUGCUACAGUGGGUAACUGCACUUUGCAAUUCAUCAAAAUGUGCUUUGUAUGGCCUUAUUAAAUAACCCUGGCAAUUCAUUGCAUUGGGUGUAUUGUAGUCCUGGAUGUUUAAUGCAUGUCUAUCAUCUGCCUUUAUGCUUAGGAGGCAUACAAAAUGGCUAAACCAUUGUUUGCAACUGACAGAUAUACAUUAAUAAAUUCCAGCUGGAUUAAAUCUUUCUGUAUUCCUAAA